GAGCGUGAUUCAGAUCUACCUGUGGACCUGAUGCUAAGUACUGCAGUUUGCCUACUCUGGUAUGAUUGUGAAGAUUUUAGUAAGAAGUCAGCUGCUACUAUUGGUACUUCCUCAAGCUCACUUUCAUGGAUUGGAGAUAUCGCAACCAAUGUUUUGACGUCAUUGAGUUUCAGUUUUAACAGCUGCAUCAUGGUUUUUGAGGGGGAACCCGCCUUCCUAGUUACAAUAAUGGAUUCGUCUGAUGAACUGUAUGCAGCAGCUGGUAGCCUGGGAAUCAGUUUACAGUUGUUUUGCUCAUCGUCAGCUGAUUUAACUGAUGAAAUUAUAUUGAGGUGUAUCAAAUCUUCCGUUAAGUUGUCCAAACUCCCUGUCAAAAUGCCCGAGUCAGAAUCUCUUGCCGAAUCAUUUCUCACCAAAUUUCCGUCCGUGAAUCCACUUACAGCUCAAGUAAUUCUGUCAUCUUCUGGAUUACUUCUCGAAUUCAUGAAGCUCCCAUAUAGUAACAAAGUUGAAAGGAUGAAAAAGUAUCAUGUACCUGAAGAGAGUGUUGAUCUAUUUAGUUCACUAUGCAGAUACGGUGCGAGGGAGGACUCCAAAUCUGUAAUGACAGACAGCUCUUCUUCAGUAUCUUCUGGACCUGACUCAGACACACACCAUGUCACUGUUCAUUCUGGUUCGAAAAAGAAUCACCACAGUGCUGAGAAAAAUAGGAUAGAUAUGGAAGACUUGGUCCAUUUUGCUCCCUCGAAAGAAUUCGCUGAUGCGCAGCUCAAGCCUUCAGGGGAUUUCCAACUUGACGAUUCUUGGUCAUCUAGAGAUCAUGAGAUAUUUGAUUUUGACCCUGUCACUGAAUUCUCGGAUGCACCGUUCACAUCUUGUGGGAUGAUUCAUCACAAUGAAUCUUGGCCAGUUAAAAAUCCCGAGAGAUUUGAGAAGAAGUCAGGACCUGGUUCAUCAUCAAAGGACCGGUUUUGGGGAAAAGAUCUACCUGACUUUUCAGUGGAAGACAGUCUUCCUGGAAUUCCUGAACUGGAAGAUUGGAGUUUCCCAAGUAAAGACGAAUUCAUAAGCCCGAACAGAGGAUAUAAACUUCCAGUGAGGGGAGAUUUUAACUUGCAUGACAAUAGGAACUCAGACUACAAAGGUGAAGUGAUCGACAGAGCUGAUAAGUAUCUCGAGGAAGACUUCCCGCCUUCUCCUGGUUAUAAUAGGUUUUCUCCAAUAGUUUCUGAUGUUGAUGAAGACGAACUUCCAAGAAAAUCAAAAUCUGCAAGGAAGUUAUCUUUCUUUGAAUAUCUCCAGCCUAACUUCCCAAAAACGGCUGACGUUGACUCGAGUUCUGAAAGAUUCACCACCGAGAAAGAUUCAAAAUAUGAUAACAGUGCUUCUGUACGUGGCUUUGUUGACAGCUAUCCAGCAAAACGCCAAAGGACCCUUUUGGAGGAGGUCUUAACACGAAGAUCUGCAGUUCCCACGACAGAGCUUCCAUUUAGAGAAGAGAUAUCACAUUUCGGUGGAUCCCCACUAUCAAACUCAAUCCGUUCUUCAAAUCCAGUACAAGGUUCUCCUUGGACGAUUGAGUUUAUUAAUAGAGCUCGAGAAAGAAGCAGAGCAAGGAGACAACAACAAUCUCUUCCUUAUUAUGUUCCUCCCUCUAGUUUGGAGACUCCAGGAAACAUAAAGAAAGCAAGUACCAAGAGAAAGAGUCCUUCCAUGCUCGAGUUUUUCAAGUAUAAAGGAGGCAACAAACUUCAAGAAGAGAAAAAGCAGAAGCGGUCAAAGAACUCUUCAGCCUCGCCAAUAAACGACAGAUUUUACUCUCCUCUCAGGUCAUGGACACCAAUUGAUAAGCGAGCAAAACAGUCUCUAUCUUUCUCAGGGAAUGGAACUGAAGGCCAAACAAAACUGGUAUGGAAGUAAAGAAGCAAACACGGCGUAGCAAUUGGAAACUAACAUUAGUGGAGAUUCAAU